CUUACUGUGGUGGUCAAUGGGAAGAAUGUAUCUUACAUUGGGAUCAGUGGGAAGAAACACUCCCUUACAUUGUCGGUCAGUGGGAAGAAUGCCCCUUACAUCGGAGGUCAGUGGGAAGAACACUCCUUACAUCGGUGGUCAGUGUGAAGAAUGCAUCCUACGUUGGUGGUCAUUGGGAAGAAUACUCUUUACACUGGUGGUUAGUGGGAAGAAACACUCCCUUACUUUGGUGGUCAAUGGGAAGAAUGUAUCUUACAUUGGGAUCAGUUCGAAGAACACUCCCUUACAUUGGUGGCCAGUGGGAAGAAUGUCUCUUACAUUGGUGGUCAGUGGGAAGAAUGCCCCUUACAUCGGAGGUCAGUGGGAAGAAAGCGUCUUACAUUGGUGGUCAGGGUAAAGAAUGCCCCUUACAUUAGUGGCCAGUGGGAAGAAGGUUUCUUCAGUGGUGGUCAUUGGGGCAAAUAUUCCUUACAUUGCUUGACAGUGGGAAGAAUGUCUUUUACAUUGGUGGUCAAUGG